AGCACAAGCAUUACAGGGAAUAUAAAGCGGGAGGUUACUGGAAAGAAUCACAAACUAACGUGAGAUUAGACCAAAUUUUUGCAAAAAGCAGAAAAUGUGAUCUUUGCUAUAAACAGUUCUUGCAUUUCAUGUAGCUGUUUAUAUGAUUGAAGCAUUUAAUAAGUGUUUUUAUUGAGUAUAGUUAGAGAGCAGCUGCAGAAAUCUUAAGUGCUUCUGUUCGUUUUUUUUUUUUCUCUGUAGUUUUGGAACUGCAAAAUCUCAGAAGAAAACUGGAGACUGACACAUAUCAGGGUGAUUCCUCAACUGUGCGCUCUUCUGAAAGAGCAACUGCUUUUGGGGUGUGGGAAUGAUGACAGGAACAAAAAAGAAAAGAAGUGCAGUCUGGAGGAAGUUCCAGGCUGUUCGCUUUGAAGAUAUCAAAGUCUGGUGUAUGAGAAGGCUGCCCAUCUUGAAAUGGGUGCCCGUCUACAACUGGAAGGAAAAUUUGAUUCCAGACAUGGUUUCUGGGAUGAUGCUAGCCAUCCAACAGGUGACUCAAGGACUGGCCUUUGCUGUUCUGUCUUCAGUCCAUCCAGUUUUUGGUUUAUAUGGCUCUUUCUUCCCUGUCAUUAUUUAUGCCAUAUUUGGAAUGGGACGUCAUGUUGCGACAGGAACUUUUGCUUUAACUUCCUUAAUAUCUGCCAACGCAGUUGAGCGUCUUGUUCCUUCAGUCAGCACUAAUUUCACUACAAAUAAUAAUUCGGGAGUUUUGGGCCUAUCGGAGUUUGAAAUGCAGAGGAUUGGAGUUGCAGCAGCAGUUUCAUUUCUAGGAGGAAUCAUUCAGGUAGCGAUGUUUACGCUGCAGUUGGGCAGUGCCACUUUCUUGUUAACGGAACCAGUGAUAAGUGCAAUGACGACAGGAGCAGCUACACAUGUUGUGACUUCACAAGUGAAGUAUCUGCUGGGAAUGAAAAUGCCGUAUAUAUCGGGACCACUGGGAUUUUUUCAUAUUUAUGCCUACAUAUUUGAGAAUAUCAGAUCAGUUCAGCUGGAAGCUUUACUUCUCUCCUUGCUGAGCAUAGUGGUGCUUGUUCUUGUCAAAGAACUGAAUGAGAAAUUUCAGAGAAUCAUUAAAGUUGUUCUUCCCAUCGAUCUACUUUUGAUAAUUGCUACAUCCGUUGCUUGCUACUAUGCUGAUAUGGAAUACGUCUACAGGCUAGAAGUUGUGGGACAUAUUCCUGAAGGGUUACCAUCACCAAAAACACCACCCAUGAAUGUCCUGCCUGAAGUAGUCACUGAAGCUUUUGGAGUAGCACUGGUUGGUUAUGUAGCGUCACUAGCUCUAGCCCAAGGCUCUGCUAAAAAGUUUAAGUACACUGUGGAUGACAACCAGGAAUUUUUGGCUCAUGGCCUCAGCAACGUGAUUCCUUCAUUUUUCUUUUGCAUACCAAGUGCUGCAGCAAUGGGACGGACGGCACUUUUAUACAGUACGGGAGCCAAAACACAGGUGGCUUGCCUUAUCUCUUGUGUAUUAAUUCUUGUGGUGAUCUAUGCAAUUGGACCUAUGCUGUACUGGCUGCCUAUGUGCGUGCUAGCAAGCAUUAUUGUUGUGGGCUUGAAGGGGAUGCUAAUGCAGUUCCGUGACUUAAAAAAAUACUGGAAUGUGGAUAAAAUAGACUGGAGCAUAUGGGUUAGUACCUACGUGUUUACAAUAUGCUUUGCUGCUAACGUGGGACUGUUGUAUGGCGUUGUCUGCACUAUAGUAAUUGUGAUUUUCCGCUUUCCCAGAUUUUCUCUGUGUAUUGAUUACAGAGCAAAGACACUGAAUUUGAAAAAUGUGAAAGAAGUGGAAUAUAAAUACAAAACAGAAGAUAAUUGUGAAUCAUUAAAACAGGUAAAGAUAGUUUCAGUCAACAACCCGUUAGUCUUUCUGAAUGCCAGAAAAUUUCACGCUGACCUGAUAAAGAUAAUCCAAAAGGAUAGCACAAGCAGCCAGGCAUGUGAAGAUGUAAACAAGUGUGAGCAGAACACAUUGCUCUGUUCAUUUUCCAAUGGAAGUUGUCAUGGUGAGUCGUUGCAGUCAUGUCACAGUGAGCGACGUGUUUUGAUAUUAGACUGCAGUGGACUGAAUUUCUUUGACUACACUGGAGUCUCAGUGCUGCUUCAGAUUUACAUGGACUGUAAAAACAGACACAUCGAUGUGUUGCUAGCACACUGCAAAGCUUCCUUGAUAAAAGCAAUGCAGUACGGUGGAAAUCUUGAAUCUGAAAACCCUGUCUUCUUUGAAUCUAUUUCUUCAGCAAUCGAUGCCAUUCAAAUUCACAGGGUGAGACUUGCAGCAGGGAAUUGCAGCAAGUUCAGUGAACAGAGUGAAGUGUGAUGUCAACCCAUUGAAUAUGGCUAGUUUCAUCUGCUCAUAUUCAGAAUGAACUACAUCAUGGUUUCUCCCUAGCUUUUUUCUCCAGGGGAUCUCAUAGAUGGUCUUUUGUAUGCCAUAUAUAUUUACUACAUUCAGUAAUGACUGAUCUGCCAUUCAGAAAAAAAAUCUUUCAGCUGCCAUCACUCAGAGAAUGUUCAUGCAAUUGUUCUAUAGUAGUUUUAUAUAAUAUUUUUAUAUACAUUUAGAUACAAAUUAUUAGAAAGCAGACAUGAGGUACUGACUGUGUUUACCAGUGAGGUAUAUUCUUUUAGAUAUCUUCUAUUGUAACACUAGUUGUAAUACGCAUCUGUAGUUUUGUGUAUGGAAUAAUGAGACAUUAUGAAUUCUUAAAAACAAUGUGUUAUAAUUAGUACAGUAUAUGCAGAAAGCCAUAUACCAGUGCAUAUUGUUUCUAAUGGCUUUUCUUACCCUUUCUUCUGUUCAAGACAGCCAUUUGCAAUAACAGCGUCAUAUCACGGCUAACAAAUGCUUCCAUUUUUCGUACUUGAUUUUGUAUGCUUUUUAAUGCCUGCCAACGUCAGCAGGAGCACUGUAUAUUCAGCGAAGGCAGAAUACGUUGGCUAAGCGCACUGGAUUGUCUCCCCCUCUAGUAGUUGUCAUGAGUUAUUAUUAUGGUUUGCUACAUUUUCAAAGCCACAGGUAUUCUUUAGCUCAGCUCAAAGAGGAAAAACUUGUAAUAUUUUUCCAAAAUUUGUUCUUGUUUCCAGCAUAGAGUAGUCUGCAUUUCCAGUUUGAGCUGUGAUUUGUUUGGUGUUGUUGAAAUCUUCAGCUGUGGCAGCUGAGAGACGGCAGUGGAGAGACACAUAAGGUGUGUGCCACAUUUCAGCCCCAAUCCUGACAUGCAGUACUCUGUGCAAGCACACAAAUGGGGUGGAGGAAUUCAUGGCUUGAGUAUUUGGCUUGUAAUUAUGGAUUGCAGCAAUCACAUUAGAUGAUGCUGUCAUAUCAGUAUCAUGUUAUGUGGCAACAUGUAUGACUUUUUUCCUCUUGCUUUUGUUGCCAUACAUGAACACUAGCUGUAAAGUGUGAGUUGAGCAAAAAUUAAUCAAAAAAAUGAGAAAGGAUGAGGAAGUAGGAUUUUUUCCUCACCAACUUAAAAAAAACCUAUGGAAGCUAAAAAGUAAAUGAGCAUGGCACAGCCGUAAUGGCCAUCUUAGUACUACA